AUGUCUGGCCGUGGUAAAGGUGGUAAAGCUAAAUCAUCUGGAAAGGUUAAAUCUCGGUCCUCUCGUGCUGGUCUUCAGUUUCCGGUGGGCCGUAUUCAUCGUAAACUGAGAAAAGGCAAUUAUGCGGAGCGUGUUGGCGCUGGUGCUCCCGUAUAUUUGGCUGCGGUAUUAGAAUAUCUCGCCGCUGAAGUGCUGGAAUUGGCUGGCAAUGCUGCACGUGACAACAAGAAAACACGCAUCAACCCUCGACACUUGCAGUUGGCGGUCCGCAACGAUGAGGAAUUGAACAAGUUACUCGCUGGUGUAACUAUUUCUCAAGGUGGUGUACUACCUAACAUCCAGGCCGUUCUUCUCCCGAAGAAAACUGCAGAGAAAGCGUAA